UCCUUUUUUUGGAUCCAUACACUUUGGUUCCCGUCUUCUACCUGUAUUGUUGUCUCCUGCCCCCAAUUUGCAGUGACACUGACUUUCAGAGCGUCCUGCGGAAAGAUGCGCUACUGCAGCACCCGAGGAGGAACGCAGGGAUGGGACUUCAGACAAGUGCUGUUCUCCGGCUACGCUCCUGAUGGGGGCAUGUUCAUGCCCGAGACGGUGCCCACACUGACCGCCGAGAGGCUGCGCUCCUGGGUUCCCCUGUCCUACCCCGAGCUGGUCUGCGAGGUCCUCUCCCUCUUCAUUCCGCAGCAGCUGAUCCCGAGGACAGACCUACAGGGCCUUAUUUCAGAUGCGCUGUCUAAGUUUGCGGUGCCUGGGGCGGUCAGCAUAGCCAAGCUGAAGGACGGUCUGGACGUCCUGGAGCUUUUCCAUGGGGAGACGCUGGCCUUCAAAGACCUGGCCAUGACUUGCACUGUCCGGCUCCUGGAGUACUUCCUACAGAAGGAGAGCAGAAGGGCCACUGUCCUCGUGGGCACCUCAGGGGACACGGGCAGCUCUGCGAUCUGCAGCGCUCGUGGCCUGCAGGGAGUGGACAUGGUGGUGGUGUUUCCCCGCGGCCGCAUCACCCCCGUGCAGGAAAGGCAGAUGACCACCCACCUGGAGGACAACGUCCACGUGCUGGCAGCGGACGGUACCUCAGACGACAUUGACGUUCCGCUACGUCGGCUGUUUGCUGACCAGCACCUGGUGCAGCUGUACGGGCUGAUGAGCCUGAACUCGGUCAACAUGGCGCGCAUCCUGGUCCAGCUCGCCCACUUCCUGUACGCGUACCUGCAGCUCAGCGGCGUGGACAAGACCCGCGCAGGUGACGCCAUGCCCAGCCUGGAGGUGGUGGUGCCCACGGGUGGGGCUGGUAACAUCGCAGCUGGAUGUAUUGUAAAACAGAUGUUGGUGCCGAUACAACUCGUUGCCAUGGUGAACUCUAAUGACAUUGUGUGUCGUGCCGUCCAGAAGGGUGAUUUCUCCAUGGCAACCAGUGUCAAGCAGACCAUGGCCCCGGCCAUAGACAUCCAGGAUCCUUACAACAUGGAGCGUGUGUUGUGGCUUCUGUCAGGGAAAAAUGGACCACUGGUGAAAGAGAUGUUUGAAGAGUUCCAGAGAUCUCACCACCUCCCCCUAACAGAGCAACUCCAUAAGGAGCUGAGCGUGGCCAUGUGUUCGGGGAGUGUUUCAGAUGAGGGCAUAGUGGAGGCCAUGCGGCGCUGUUGGGAGGAGAAUCGCUACCUGGUGUGUCCACACACCGCCGUCGCCAUCUGGCACCACUACCACUCUCCGCCAUCCGGGGGGGUAAACAGGUGCUACAUCGCCACGGCGUCCCCAGCAAAGUUCCAGGCUGCGGUGGAGAAGGCCGGGCUGCCCCUGGAGCUGCCGGAGGAGGUGAGGGCGCUGGAGUCCAAGCCCACCCGCUACACACACCUGCAGCAGGGGGAGGACUGGGAGGCCCGACUCAGGGAGCGCAUCCAGGCCAUCGCCUCGGCCCGGGCCCGCGGGUCACUCUUCUACCCAGCCGAGGAGAGACCAUAGAUAUGAAUACCUGGGAUGUCGAUACCUAUGGGAUGUCGAUACCUAUGGGAUGUUGAUACCUAUGGGAUGUCGAUACCUAUGAGAUGUUGAUGCCUAUGGGAUAUGAAUACCUAUGGGAUAUGAAUACCUAUGGGAGAGUCACUGAUCUGAACCAGGCAGGAAAGAGCAACCUGUCUGGGGCGGCCAUCUUAGAUGAAGGAUUUGGACUUUCAGUAGCACUUUUAUUCAGAAUGAAAUGAAGGGAAAAAAUCAGGCAAUUAUUUUUUUUAAUACCAUAUUUCAUGCACAGCGGUAAUUAAAAGUGUAUCAUAAAAUAAUGAUGCUUAAUAUGUUAAAUAAGAGGAAGGAAUGGCAAAUGAUAGGUUUGCAGAUGUGUAGGCAUGUACAAGGAAUUAAGAUUUUGAGGCGUUUAACUGAAGGCAGGGCUGUCUCAAACCCUUAGGGAUUGGAUGUUGUAGUGUUGGUCUACGCCCCAAACCCUCAGGGAUUGGAUGUUCAGGGUUCCCACGGGUCCUUGAAAUCCUUGAAAGUUUGUGAAUCUGAAUAAAAAAAUUCAAGGCCCUUGAAAGUUUUUGAAAAUAGACAUAAAUAAAUGGAGGUCCUUGAAAGUCCUUGAAUUUCUUUUUGAGGAAAAAAAUCCAUACAAUUCCGUCCGCUUAUUAACAUGUUUCCAUUAUUUCGCCACCACUUCUUUUGAUAUCCUACAGUAUGCGUAUGCCUGAUUUACGUUGGUUAGAACUACACCGCUAGCGUGAUUUCUGCGUGUUUGCCGCAUGUAGUGUUUGUUGCCCAAAUAUUUAAUGUAACAUAUUGAUGAAUAAACCAACAGGUUCAUGGUAACGAGUUUAUUUCAGCUCAGUUUUAUGCAAAAUACAAACAUGAACAAUAGAAUAAGCCUACCAUCUGUCAUAUGACCAAAAAUAAAAGAAAACUGUGACGAGAUAUCCUUGGUCUGUUGAGGUAACAUGAUUUAACCAUGCCCGCGCUUGAAAUUUAUCGACACAUUAGGUCCUUGAAUUUGAGGAUUUUGGGCCUGGGAAGUCCUUGAAAGGUCCUUGAAUUUGAUCUUAACUAAGGUGUGGGAAACCUGAUGUUGUAGUGUUGGUCUACGCCCCAAACCCUCAGGGAUUGGAUGUUGUAGUGUUGGUCUACGCCCCAAACCCUCAGGGAUUGGAUGUUUGGCACUGCAAGCGAAGUAGUAACUUGGCCCUCUCUCUAGUAUUCCAUUUGCCCGUUCACGCGACGGGUCCGCUAGAUCAAGGGCCAUCCGAAACCAACUCCUGUUUAGUGGUCGUGUCUUAUAAACCCUCCAACACCAAGUGAACACUGAUGCCCCAGCACGUCACAAACACUUUAUACAAACGUGAGUACACCUGUAAACAAAUCCAUGCAUAGCACACCUGUAAACAAAUCCCUGCAUAGGUUGCGUCAGAACCUGUUUCCACUAGGCAGGGUGAAGUUCAUCCCAAAGCUGAGUGCGAUAUUAUAUAUCCCACACGCCAGUGAGUGGGAGUGUGUGUUCUUAGAUGACAUGCAGGUCAUCUGAUUGUGUAUCUCCCUGUUUCAGGUGUGUGUGUGUGUGUGUGUGUGUGUGUGUCAUGUGAUUGUGUACCUCCCAGUAUCAGCAGUGCCCUUUGCCUCUGUAUCACUAUAUAACUUUAUGUUUUUAUGGGUGCCAGUGAACCCUGGGAAGCAGUGUGUGUGUGUGUGUCAAGCUGUGCGCAUGGCAAUCUGCAAUGAAAAUCACACUCUCAAAUAUCACACACAGUGACCGUGAUUUCAGCACACGUCCAUGUGUUCUAAAGAGGACUGUCUUUUUUUUUAUGUUCUUUAUGGACCCUAGGAAGCUGUGUGUGUGUGUCCUUUAUGGACCCUAGGAAGCUGUGUGUGUGUGUCCUUUAUGGACCCUAGGAAGCUGUGUGUGUGUGUGUGUGUGUGUGUGUGUGUCCUUUAUGGAUGAGGUACUGGGCUCUUCAUUCACCACAACUUUCCUGUUGAACAUCCGUUACAUCAUCAGUUGGUUUAUCUUGAAAAAUCAAUCAUUACAUGCAAAGACAGUCAGUGAUAAUUAUGAUCUACAAGCCUUAUUUUCGUUCACAUGACUAGUAUUCCCGUAGGCUGGUAAUGUUAAACACUUUGGAUGGUUGCUACUCUAAUUACUAUUUGAUGAGGCAUUACGUAAACAACUGUGUUACCAUGAUAAAGAUCUGAGACCUGAUCUGAUGAUGACUUCUAUGUGCAUCAGAUUAGAUUUGCUAUCUGUACACAACUCUGAAUAUGCACAGAUUUGAGUUUUGUCUAUGAAGGUAUUAUAAUACAACUUGCAUAAAUCAGAUAUACUCGGGAAUACACUUUUUUCAGAACUUGCAACACAUUAAUUUGGGCUUAUCUAUAUUUUAUUGUUUUAUGCUGUUUCUGAUUUCUGAAGGUUUUUUCACUCAUCAGUGUUCAUCCAACUCUGACUUACAUUGGAUAAGUAUUUAAGUCAUUAUGUUAAAGGUUUGUUAUGCUUUAGCUGAACACUUUAAGUUGUAUUUUGCUUACUUUUUGCAAAAAAUGCUGAUAAAAUGUGAAGCUUGAUUUAUGCAGUCGGGUGAAGACUUGUCUCACUAUCAGUCAUGCCAUUAAACAUUGCAAUCUAAUAAA